UUCCAUCACUCAAUCCGACGUUUCUUAUCACGCAAUAAUUCCAUAAACAUUUUUUGUCACCCCAAAAUCCUUAACAGAUCAUGAAGUCCCGACGCAAAAAUAUUAGUUAUCGUACUACCCAACAGUACUCUUCCACCUACAGUUCAAAGAUUCCAAUAUCAGUAAAGCAAACAUCCUCGGUAACGAUUCAGACCGACAAUAUCCUGACUGAAGAACUUUGUUUCUUUGAAAAUCAACCCGUAGAAAAAAUUAAAGAGAAUUAUGAAAAAUGUUUACUACUUAUAAACAAAAUUCAUGAGUAUAUAAAUGAUGUGUUAAGUAAAUGUGAUAAAGCCACUGGUUUUUUGGUCCCUACGGUUCCAGACUAUUUCAAGAUCGCUGAUUUUAUUUUAAAAUAUAACAAGGUAAAACAAACACAAGAUUUAACUAAUGAACAAAAAGCUGAACUGGAUGCAUUAAAAUCGCAAGAAAAUGCGAAAAAUAUGUUCGAUUCGCAACAGUUCUCACCAAUAAGUAUUAUUGGAGAUGGGCCUAUUCAAAACAAACAAUGUCAAUUUUUGAACGAAGAUGCAACUUUCUUUGAAAAAUUUCCUGUGUCUCACAAUAUUAAUACAUUAAAUAAAAAACCGAUUGCUCUUUCACAACCAAUCAUAAAUUUAUCAGAAGAUAAUACGAAAAAACCUAUAUCAACAACUUUUGAGGAAAUUUUAAAAACUUGUAACGAAGUCAAGAAUAUGUCUAUUGAAAAUCUCCUGCAAAACGAUGUACCUCUUAUUGAACCGCCCACUACUAAACCAGAUUUAAAAAAAUAUAUUAAAAAACAUAAUUUAGAGCAAGGAGAUCAAAGUAUUUCAGACAUAAAUAAGGAAAAAAUUGAUAACACUGAUAGUAGUUUUAAUCUUUUUGAGUAUGCUCUAAAAAAAUGCAAACCAUAUCAAACAAAUCCCUCAAGUCCUAAAAUACCUGAUAUAGAAAAUAAUAAUAACUCCAUUGAAAAUAACCAAGAUGUACCCAAAAAUUGUGUAAAAGUACUCAAUGAUUCCAAUCAAUCUCGUAUGCCCCAAAAAAUUAGUGAAAUGUUUAGAAAAAUUUCAAGGGAAAACAUUGGAAAAUCAACAAAAACAUCUGAUGAGUUACAAAGGAUAGAAGUAGAAAACCAACCUAGAGAUAAUAAUAGAGCUUUUUUUCAAAUAAGCACUAGAACUGAGCACGAGGGAGAAAUAUGCUUGUGUAAAAAUAUAAAUCUGUGGAAACCUCAGUCAAUAAGUCCAAAUAAUCUAAACCCAAACUAUAAAUUGGAUGAAUCUCAAACCAACAGUGAAACCAGUAUACAAAAUUUCAAUAUGACAAAUCCGCUAAAGUUAAGCGAUAGAGAUAAAGCCCGAGCUAAUGCAAAAGCUUUAAAAGAUAUUGGGUUAUUUACCGAAAAGGGCGAUAUGAGACCUAGUGUUAUGAAUUUUAUUAAAAACACACAACGUAGCGGUUUCAUUCAAAACGAUUCAAGAAAUAUGAAGUUUAAAUCCCAAAGAAAAUUCGAUUUACAAGUCAAGUUUAAUAAUCCAAAUGCGACAUCGGCAAGAACAUCUUCAGAAAAACUGGGAAGUAGUGGUAGCAUUAACGAUUUGCAGAACCAGGACAGCGAUGAGAAUAUAAGCAUAUAUUCAUCUCAAAAUACUGUUAUUAGUACUGUUAGUGAUUCUGACUUCAUCGGUUUAUAUGAUGUAGGUAAUACAUCAAUAGCAAAUACAACAUUGUGAAUUAAAAUAA